AUGUGUCAUGUUUGCAAACGAUUUGGCGAUGGCGUCUGUUUGAAGAAAUGUGGUGGCUGUAGAAUGAUCGCCUAUUGUAAUCGACAGCAUCAAAAGCAGCAUUGGUCGCAGCAUAAAUCUUUGUGUAAAGUCAUACAGGACGUACUGCGAGACUUCAAAAUGGAAGAUCACGGAACUUUAGAGGAGUGGGACGAUCAGAAACUGAACUUGAUCUUGCUUAUAUCAUUCAAGCUGGAACGUCCUUUAGAAAUAUACGAAAAAGAAAUGUUCCAGUUUCUAAGGGAAUGUACAGUCUGCCAUGAACAGGAUGGUCAGUUGUUGGAGGAUUGCCAGAGCUGUGCAUCUGUCAGCUUCUGUAAAGAUCACAAAAAUAGUAUUAAACACAAAGACACUUGCGUUUCUCUAGAACUAUGUCUUCGUUCAAAUUUAUCAUUUAUAAAUGGAGAAAACAAUACUUUAGACAUGCAUUACUUGCAGUAUGUUUUUGACACUGAUACAUUUCGGAAUAUGAAUGACUUUAUAAACGCUUAUGGAAAUAUUCAGACUGAGUCGGAAAUGUCAUACAAUAUCUUAGCAGCUAGGCAUUCACAAUAUCUCACACGUCCUUUGACAUUGUUCCAUACUAUGCAAAUAUUAGAUUAUAUACCACAACGCAAAGAUCUAGUCAUUCAUGUUAUAGCUGCAAGUUAUAUUGAAGAAACUACUUUGAUGACAUGGGAAAUCCUGCUGCAUUUAAUAAAGGCUAUAAUAUCAUUGGUAAUUAUAAUGAUUGGACCAGAAUUAAAAUAUAAAUCCAAUCUAUUACACAUUUGUGAUAACUGUAUGUUGCAAAAGAAGAGAAUUUCAUUAGAAUUUCACGAUGUGUUAUAUGAGGACUACUUAUGCAACCCAUUAUUCAUAAAACCAGAUUUGGUUGUGGGAUUUAAUGCGGGUAUUCACGAAUAUAUCUCCAAUGGAGAUACAUGGACACCGUCCAUACAGAUGCUAGCGAAACAAAAUUAUCCAUUAAUCUUAACAUGUUAUAUGCAAAAAGAAUUAGAGGAAGAGAUAGACAGAAUAAACAUUAUCCUGGAUAGAAAAGUAAAUUAUCUCUAUAGUGGAAAGAAUCCAUUUGCUAGUUUAAGACCAUUCAGAGUCCUUGGGCCUGAGCAAGUGUUUUAUCAGAAUCAUUAUUUAAUUGUCUACAGGAAUCUUUGUUCGUAA